UCGGCCGCCCGAGAUGAAUUCACUGGAUUGAUGAGGGACAAGGAGAGGAGAUCGACGCACCCGGAAGACGACCAUGCCGAUGAUGCGCAGUCAUUCCUCAAUCUAUCUGACGAUGACGACGAUGCGACACCGCCUGCUUCGCGUGUCGACCCUCCGCGCCCGUCGAUGAGCAGCGUGAGGAGCACGAUACCAUCCACACGCUAUGGCGCCAAUACCGGACCAAAGGGCGUCAUCUCGGAUGCCCAGGACUACCGCGACUCGCAGCGCUCGCAGCGGAUAUCUAUGCGCAGCACGACCAGCUUGACGGCGCAGACCUCGUUGAUGACUGUUAAGGGCAAUCACCCCAUUGAAAAGCUUGAUGAAGAAGAUGAGCUCGAGAACGGCGAAGAAGACGACAACGCCUUUAUGAAGAAGUGGAGGCAAAGCCGGCUGAAGGAGCUGCAGAGCGGCGUGAGAGACAGCACUAUCCACAAAAACAACCGGAACAGAAGGCUAUACGGAGCCCUGACAAUGGUCGAUCCCGAUGCAUACCUAGACGCUGUGGAGAACUCUCCGCCGGAUACGGUAGUAUUCGUGUACAUCUACGACGACGACUCUCAAGUCAGCGAUCUUUUCGAGAACUGCAUUCGGACGCUGGCUGGCAAACAUCAAGACACUCGUUUCAUCAGACUGCACUUCGCAGAUGCACAAAUGGAGCCGGCCGGUGUGCCGGCCGUCAUUGCCUAUCGGGGCGGCGAAAAGUUCGCAGGCCUUGUGCCACUGAUUAACGAGCUGCCUGAUGAUGCUGAACUCAGCGCGAACACGCUAGAGGCGGUUCUGAAGCGG